AUGGCACUACCUGCUUAUCAGUACCACUACCAGUCCGGCACGGCGCCGGACGCCCGGCGCGGCUACGUGAGCGCCAGAGUACGGCCGCCGUCGAUGACGACGAGGAGCACCACGUCGACGUGCACGACGGGGACGGUGGAGGGCCACCACCGGUUCGUGAUCCCCCACUACGGCUGGCUGAGGGCGCACCUCGGCGGCGGCCAGUGCUUCCCGUUGGGCAGCUUCUCCGUCGCCGGCUACGACUGGGCCGUCGUCUUCUUCCCGCGCGGGGCCACGGUCGGGGAGAACCACGACCACGCCGCGUUCUACGUCGAGCUCUUGACCAGCCGCGCCGCCGCCGCCGCCACCUUCGACCUGCGAUUCGUCAGGGCCGGCUCCGGCUCCGGCUCCGGCCGGCCGUUGCCGAUGCACCAGCCGGACACGGAGCCGCACAGGUUCAGCACCAUGACGCACUUUGACCCCGCCGUGUACGGCGUCAGGGUGGACGCCAUGCUGAUGCAGAGCGUUCAGUCCAACUACGUCCGCGACGACCGCCUCAUCAUCGACUGCACCCUCCACGUCGCCGGCAAGCCGCGGGUGUCCACCGCCGAGCCGCUGGCGGAGAUCGACGUCCCGCCGCCGGACCUGCCGGCCCACCUCGGCAAGCUCCUCGACAGCGAGGCGCACGCCGACGUCACGUUCGACGUGCAGGGCGAGGAGUUCACCGCGCACCGCGUGGUGCUCGCCAUGCGUUCCCCCGUCUUCAAAGCCGAGCUCUUCGGCCCGAUGAGCAACACCGGCGAGACCGUCAAGGUCGUCGACAUGCAGCCGGCCGUGUUCAAGCUCCUCCUCGGCUUCGUCUACACCGAGUCGCUGGCCGCCAUGGACGACCUCGACGAGGACGACACGAGGGAGCUCGCCCGGCACCUGCUCGUCGCCGCCGACCGGUACGGCAUGGGCAGGCUGAAGAUCAUCUGCGGGCACAUCCUCGAGUGGAGCCUGACGGCAGAGACGGUGGCGAGCACGAUUGCAUUGGCCGACCGCCAUGGUUGCCGCGAGCUUAAGGAGGCUUGUGUUGAGUUCGUCGUCGCCAUGGGUAUGAACGAUGAAACGAUGACAAGCCGGCAUGAAGGAGACCAGCUCAGCUGUUUCUCCGUCAUCAAACACUUCUUUAGCGAGAUUGGCAGCUUCUUCAAAAUCCACUAA